CCGAACAUGGCAAAACAAAAACAUUAAUAUUGUUUCGUCUUGUGUUGUGUUUGGUGGUGUCAUUUUGUUUUUAGUUUCUGUCUAUCUUCAGUUUAUUUUGUUUUGAUUUUAAGUGAGGUUGUGUUAAAUUUGCAAUAAGAUGCUUAAACUCAACGAUUUACAUGACAUUGUUAAGCUAAUAAAUUUGAUAAAAAUACGACCUGGAAUAUACGAUAAUACUCAAGGUGAUCACAAUAAUAGAGCAACUGUGGAAGCAUUAUGGAAAGAAGUGGCAGAUGAAAUGAAUGCAACACCCGUUGACUGUAAGAGAAAAUGGGCUUCAUUACGUAAUGCAUUCUCACGAGAUCUUAGAAACGAAAGGGAUGCCGAAAUAAAUAAGCGUAAAAAAAAGAAAUGGUAUUUGGCUACCCAUUUAUGGUUUUUGCGUGAUUAUUUAACUGUUAAACCUAGAGAAGAAAAAGACACCAUCAAUGAACAAUCUGAAUACACAAUGGAUGGAAGUACACAAUUUUUUAACACUUCAACUCAAGAUGGGACAUUUGAAAAUUUAUACCCAGAAGAAGAAAUUGAAGUUGAAGAAGAAAAAAUUCAUGCUUUUGCCGUACAAUCACCGCCACUUGUUUAUAUCAACAAACGAGCACCUUCUUACUAUAAUGAACCAGAAAUUCCUUAUAAUAAUGAAAUACCUCAUUCUUCUAAAAAUGAACAACCAAGUCCUUAUAAAAUCGUACUACCACGUCCAACUAAUAAUGAAGUUUGUGAAAAUCCUGCAAAAGAAUCUCAUGCACCACCGUCUUCUAUUGCAAAGAAAAUUCGUUUAACUGAAAGUUCAGAAUUUGAUGAAAGGAAUAUGAUAUUUUUUAAAAGUUUAAUUCCUGAUAUUCUAACACUAUCCGAUAGGAGGCAGCGUUUGUAUAAGCAAAAUGUUCUCAGGAAACUGAAUAAAUUUUUGGAUGAACAAGAGGCGCAAUCUUAAGCAAGAGUCUUGAACUUAACUUGAAACUUGUCAAGUCGAAAAAAAAUCGUAGAUAUUUCUUAAGUUUCUAUUUUUAAAAAAUAUACUUUUUUUUCUCUUAUGUAAGAU